AAGUGGAAAACAAAUCAAAACAAAAUAGCGCAAAAUAUAUUCAUCGAGUCCACCGUUCUUCAUUAUUUCUUCUUCGUUGCUUUCCUCCGACACAUUUUGGGCUCAGUUCGCAAAGAUAAUCCGUGAGCAGCGGUUCGGUUUUGAUCUCUGAAACUGGGAUCCCAAAAAAACCUUUUGCUAUUUUGUGCAGUUUUUUAAGUCUAAUUAGAGUAAAAGAAAACCCAACGAUUGUAUCAAAGAGUAUGACAAAAGAAGAAUAAACGGAAAACAAGCUUUAAAAAAAUAUAUUUUGAAACUCAAUACACACACAGCAGAAACUUAAGAAGUUGAAUUGGAAGCAAAACAAAGAAAAAUGCUGAUUUUCUAUGUAAAAUACGCAUUUUUCUUUUGGUUUUUGGUGGGAAGAAAUCAAGGUGAAAUGCUGAUAAUGGACCAGAUCUCCCAUGACAAGUCGCUGCUAAAUGUCACCGCAUGCACUCAGAAUUGCCUGGAGAAGGGCAAGAUGGACUUUCGGGGAUGCUUUAAGGACUGCAAGUCCAAUGGAAAUGCUCCUGGAGCUUUACGCAAGGUGCAGGAUAAUUUUCAGCUGAAUAUGCUGUGUAGAACGGAGUCGGAAAUAGUUUUCCAAAUAGAUUGGGUUCAGCACAGCAAGGGAAACGUGUCAGCUCCAAACUCCACUUACAUAAUCAAGGUGCAUGCAAUCAAUGAGGACAUAUCACAAACCAAAGUAUACCUGUCUGAUGAAAACUUUCUGGUCUUGCCCGGGCUGGAGUCAAACUCCAGCCACAACAUAACGGCUCUGGCGAUGCACGGGGAUGGCAGCUACUCACUGAUAGCCAAGGAUCAACCCUUUUCCACCCUAAUACGAGGUUACCAACCCAGCAAAAUGGGUGCAGUAAAACUGGUGCGAUUUGUCCCUCAGAUAGAUGAUCCCUAUCACAUUGCUGCUGAGAUCGAGUGGGAGCCGUCGGCUGAAAGCAACUGCUACUUUGACAUGGUAUCCUAUUCAACGAACAGCGUGAACAUGGACGAACCACUGGAGGUGCAGUUCCGGGAUCGAAGAAAACUUUACAAGCACACGGUGAGCAACUUGGAGUUUGACAAACAUUAUCUUGUGGGCGUAAGAACUGUGAACAUAAUGAACCGUCUGGAGAGCGAUUUAAAGUGGCUACAAGUGGAAGCUCCAAGCUGUUUGGAUUGGUAUCCCUUCAACUAUACACUCUGCCCUCCCCAUAAGCCGGAGAAUCUGACUGUCCGGCAAGAACAGUACCUGCCGAAUACCUUGUCUCUGAACAUCACCUGGUCGCGACCCCCCCAACUGCCGGAUAGCUAUACACUUAGAAUCUUCGAUUUAAUACAGGGAGGUAAGGAGGUUAACUUUACCCUAGACCAAAACAGAAGCCACUUCUUCGUACCUAGAAUCACGGUAUUGGGUUCCCAUUUUGAAGUGCAUUUGGUGGCACAGUCAGCAGGCGGAAAGAAUGCCACCGACCUAACCCUGAUUAAGAUUCCUAGAGUUGUCUGGCUGAGUGACGGAAACCUAGUAAAGCUAAUACUCUUCAUUAUUGUGCCCCUUUGCUGCAUUGUGAUGCUGUGCUCCCUGACCUUCUGCAGACGAAAUCGAUCGGAUACUCAAGCCUCACAAAUGGAGGCCAAAUAUGCCAAGGCCAGUGAAUUCCAUGUCUCGCUGAUGGACAACAGUGGCCUGCUGGUCACCCUGUCGCCGAACGAGAGCCUGGAUAUAAUGGAUGAGCUGGAAGUAGAGCCCCAUUCGGUGCUACUGCAAGAUGUCCUUGGGGAGGGAGCUUUCGGUUUGGUACGUCGCGGUGUUUACAAGAAGCGUCAAGUGGCCGUCAAGUUGUUAAAAGAUGAACCCAAUGAAGAGGAUGUGUACGCUUUCAAAUGUGAGAUCCAAAUGCUGAAGGCUGUGGGCAAGCAUCCAAAUAUUGUGGGAAUUGUUGGAUACUCCACUCGUUUCAGCAACCGGAUGAUGUUGAUAAUUGAAUACUGCAGUCUGGGAAGUCUGCAGAACUUCUUACGUGAGGAGUGGAAGUUACGUCAGGAGCAGAAUGCAGUUGGCUUAAAGAAGAACCUUGAGCAGAAUGUGGACAACCGAAGAUUUUAUCGACCCAGACAUCAUUCCAUCCAUGACCGCAUAGAAGAUAUCAACAUAUCGAUGCUGUCCACUGUAGAAGAGGAGAGCGAAGCGGACCAGACCCAAACCAGCAGUCGAGUGGAGACCUACACCCUAACCAGAAUCACCAACGCAGCAGAAAACAAAGGUUAUGGGCUAGAGGACAUUGAAAACAUCGGUAGUAGUCAUGUUACGAAAGUUCAAGAUGCAGCAAAGGAUAAGAAUCAGAAGCUGGGACUGAAGCUCAAUGAAGAGUCAAACAUAGAAAGCAGGAAAAGAACCUUUGAUAACAAGGAAUACUUUGAUUGCCUGGACUCAUCAGAUUCCAAGCCCAGAGUUCCAUUGAAGUAUGCAGAUUUAUUAGACAUUGCUCAACAGGUGGCUGUGGGAAUGGAAUUUCUGGCCCAAAACAAAGUGGUUCAUAGAGACCUAGCUGCCCGCAAUGUUCUGAUAUCUGUUGAUCGCAGCAUUAAGAUUGCAGAUUUUGGGCUCAGUCGAGAUGUAUAUCACGAGAAUGUAUACCGAAAGUCAGGAGGAAGUGGCAAACUGCCUAUCAAAUGGCUGGCCCUGGAGUCCCUCACCCACCAGGUGUACACCAGCCAGAGCGAUGUAUGGUCCUUUGGCGUGCUGCUCUACGAGAUAACAACGCUUGGUGGAAUGCCAUACCCAUCGGUAUCUCCCAGUGAUCUCUUGCAGCUUUUAAGACAAGGCCAUCGGAUGAAGCGACCAGAGGGAUGUACGGAUGAAAUGUUUUCUGUGAUGGAAAGUUGCUGGAAUUCUGUGCCAUCACAUAGGCCCACAUUUUCUGGACUGAAACAAAGACUAGGAGCCAUGAUAGCGGCCACCAACGAUGUGCCCGAAAGGCUGAAGCAACUGCAGGCUGCAAAUGGAACACAAAUCGACUCCUGUGAAAUUCUUCACAGUAAUAUGGAACAACUACCCCUCGAAGAGGAACCUUACCUUGAGCCCUUAAAUUAGUCUCUAUUAGUUUUAGUAUUUCAAGAACGAGUGCAAUACAAUAUUGUUGGAGAACAAGUUAAACCCUAGAAUUGAAGUUUCAAUUCAGACAACGCUAGAAAGGCAGAUAACUUUACAUUGAAAUAAACAUUAAGAAUAAAUAUAAGAAAACAA